AUUAUAAAUAGUGUAUAUAUAAUCACAAUUAGAAUCGCCUCUCCAUUAGAGAAGAUAUUUGAACAAACAUGAAAAGUUGCAAGAGACCUCGGAUGAAGAAUCAAGAGAGAGAUUUUUAUGAAACUCCGUCGGAUUGUUCGGAAGAAGAGAUUCAACGGAGUUGCGAGUUCGUGAAAAAAGUUAAAGAGUUGGAUGAUAAGACAAUCAUCGUUAAAUUUUUAAAUGCAAUGAAGUCUUAUCGAUCUAAGUCUUUAAGUUACAUCGAUCUCAAAACCAAAGUCGCUUCUAUUCUUCGUAACCACGACGCUCUGCUCCAAGAAUUCCAUCAGCUUCUUCUAUUAGAUUCACCUAUCACAGAGAAGGAUUGUAACUCGGCAAAAUCAGACGUAGAACGCACGGUUGAGUUGAUGAAGAAAGUGGAAGGUUUGGGAAAGGGUUUACACGGUGCGUUCCUAAAUCAGCUGGUGUUUGGCGGUGAUAUUGUGGAUUUGGUUGAACAACUCGACGUGAUUCUCUGCGAUCACGCAUCUCUUAAAGAGGAGUUCAUAUUGUUUCUAGUUGAUUCCCGUUUACUCAAAAAACCGAAACGUGGUUUUGAGGCGGGGGCAGAAGAGUAUAAGACUAGACUUGAAACUGAAGAGGAAUUAUCAUCCUCUGAUGAGUUUUUAAAUGGGAAAUACGUUUCAAAGAGUCAGUAUGAUCUGGAUCAAGUGAAGAAGAAGAGACUGAUGCAAGAGUAAGAAGACGAAGAUGACUGAUGCGAAAGAAUUUAAGGUAAAAACGAAGCUAUGACCGUCAAGAACUAAAGAGCAAUGUGAACAAGUGAAGAGAGUUUUGUUUCUUUUAUUUUUCUAGUCUUUUUUUUUUAUUAUUGAUUUGUGGCUACAUUGUGAUUGUGAUUGUGAAUCUCGUUAUGUUUCUUUGCAUUCGAGUCUUCCAAUGUUGUUUUCUAUUCACC